UUAACAGCUGCAUGGUGCAUCCGCUCCUUCACAAAAGGCGCUUAAUCAGACUCUCAGUUUCUCCCUUGUAUUCCUCAUCUUGAAAUCAUUUCUUUUCAGCAAGCCUCUCCUGUGACGAGAACCAGAAUGAAAGUGGAAGUUAAACAAAAGCUGGAAGAUAACUACAAGGAAGGGUUGAAUGCAUCUGAAGAUCUUAUUCGUGCCAAAGAACAACGUCAAAAGAGUCAUAAGCCUAAAGCUGACUCCACCGAGGACGACACUGUGGAUGAAGCUCCCUCGAUUGUUGACGAAAUAAAUAGACCUGAUGACCAAAAUAAUAAUGAAGAAGCAAAGGACGCUGAUGAGGACGACGACGAGGACAGCAGUAGCGAGGAGACAUCGGAUUCUUCAUCAGUGGAGGACUCUGAGUCAACCAAGUCGGAUUUAAAGUGGAAGACGGGCGAGGACGUGAGGAAAAUGGUUGUGGUGGACAGAAAGUUGAAGGACGCUCAUUUGGAAGGUCAAGAUGUGAGCAAUCUUCUUUUGACAGCUUCUAGUGAGAAUGACGAGCUUAUCAAACAAAAACAGAUCGUAGAAGAAACACGCAAAAGAUUAUCACAUUUCCAGGCUUUAGCAUUGGUUGGGAGGCUCUUCUUCUCUUACAAAAAUGCUCCAAAGCAUGACCAUGAGCAAGAAACAGAGGAAAGUAUUUCCUCAUCAGUGCCAUCAAAGGGUACAUCUGAGCAAUGCUCAUCAAAUUCCUCGAGUCUCGCUACCAGUAGCAGAUCCAUCCGAAAAAAAGCACCGGAGCUUUUUGAACGGUCUGUGCAAGCCAUUGAAGAAACAGCUGACUCGGGUUCUCAAGUGGAUCUGGCCGAACUUCACGAGAAGGGAGUUCAAGUAAAAGAUGAUACCAGGGAGGCGUCGGCUCAAAACGAUCCUCUGAUCACAAUGACAACGGGGUCUCAGGCAUUUACAGAAGUUGAGAACUCUGGCUCACAGACCAACAUUGAAACUCUGAGCAAAUCUUUAAUGGCUGUUCCAGAGAGUGUCCAUCGUUCCAGUCAGUGUGAAACAUACCAAGAACCAAUUUCAGAUUCACACGUGGCACAGAACAUGCCAACAAUGACAGGCCAAGUCGCAUCUCAAAUAACGGAUUCAUCCGAUUCAAGCUCAAACACUACUGAUACACAUCCAAUAGUAAUUACGUCCAAAAUUGUGGAAGUGGCUGAAAUUCAUGCCACCGAGACAGGAGUGAACGAAUCAGUGGGCGUUCAUUUUUCAAAGUCAGGUUCUGGAGAAACUGAAAUCAAUAUUCCUGACUUGAAAGGACGAGAUCAACAACAGCCUACGCUCAUUAAAACGGAAACAGAGGCUGCAACAGAAGGGAGAGAAACCAACUCUUCGUCACCCUACACAUCUGCUUCAUCGGUAACAAGUAAUUCUGAUGCUAGCCGAGAAACCAAAGAAGAGUCGUCCCUCACCACAAGCCCUGUCCGCAAACUUGAAGACGAACAAAAUUAUAUUUCCGACAAAAUUGAAACCCCAUCUAGCGUUGACUCAUGUGAAGGCAUUGAAUCCACCUCAGAGAUCGGAUCCAUGUCUGAGACAAGUUCUUCAUCGUCAUCAUCAUCAUCAACAUCUGAUGAUAAUGAUGGGGAAUCAGUGAUUUCAAAACGGAUCGACCAAGAAGCGCAAGAUCGAGGUAGCGAAAAAAAUGAAAGCAUUGACAUUGAUAUGGAUGAUCCAGAUGUGGAAAUAGCAACCACUAAAAUUCAGGCAAGCUUCCGUGGAAUGCAGGAUCGCAAAAAUGUCAAGGCCAUGCAUGAAGAAGCUCCACCAGUUGAGAUCCUAGCCUCUGAAGAUGUCAUUGACAUAGAUAUGGAUGAUCCAGAUGUGGAACAAGCAACCACAAAAAUCCAGGCAAGCUUCCGUGGAAUGCAGGAUCGCAAGAAAGUCAAGGCCAUGCAUGAAGAAGCUCCACCAAUUGAGAUCCAAGCCUCUGAAGAUGUCAUUGACAUAGAUAUGGAUGAUCCAGAUGUGGAACAAGCAACCACAAAAAUCCAGGCAAGCUUCCGUGGAAUGCAGGAUCGCAAGAAAGUCAAGGCCAUGCAUGAAGAAGCUCCACCAGUUGAGAUCCUAGCCUCUGAAGAUGUCAUUGACAUAGAUAUGGAUGAUCCAGAUGUGGAACAAGCAACCACCAAAAUUCAGGCAAGCUUCCGUGGAAUGCAGGAUCGCAAGAAAGUCAAAGCUAUGCAUGAAGAAGCUCAACCAGUUGAGAUCCAAGCCUCUGAAGAUGUCAUUGACAUAGAUAUGGAUGAUCCAGAUGUGGAACAAGCAACCACCAAAAUUCAGGCAAGCUUCCGUGGAAUGCAGGAUCGCAAGAAAGUCAAAGCUAUGCAUGAAGAAGCUCCACCAGUUGAGAUCCAAGCCUCUGAAGAUGUCAUUGACAUAGAUAUGGAUGAUCCAGAUGUGGAACAAGCAACCACCAAAAUUCAGGCAAGCUUCCGUGGAAUGCAGGAUCGCAAGAAAGUCAAAGCUAUGCAUGAAGAAGCUCCACCAGUUGAGAUCCAAGCCUCUGAAGAUGUCAUUGACAUUGAUAUGGAUGAUCCAGAUGUGGAACAAGCAACCACCAAAAUUCAGGCAAGCUUUCGUGGAAUGCAGGAUCGCAAGAAAGUCAAAGCUAUGCAUGAAGAAGCUCCACCAGUUGAGAUCCAAGCCUCUGAAGAUGUCAUUGACAUUGAUAUGGAUGAUCCAGAUGUGGAACAAGCAACCACCAAAAUUCAGGCAAGCUUCCGUGGAAUGCAGGAUCGCAAGAAAGUCAAAGCUAUGCAUGAAGAAGCUCCACCAGUUGAGAUCCAAGCCUCUGAAGAUGUCAUUGACAUUGAUAUGGAUGAUCCAGAUGUGGAACAAGCAACCACCAAAAUUCAGGCAAGCUUCCGUGGAAUGCAGGAUCGCAAGAAAGUCAAAGCAAUGAGUGCAAAGUCUGAACUUGAUGAGAUUGAUGUUGAGAAAUCGGUUUCUUCUUUGGCGAGUGUAAUAAGCAAAGGAUCUACCUCGUCUACAUCAUCGUCCUCCUCAACCUCGUCGUAUUCUUCCUCUGCAAUAUCUUCUAAAGGUAUUGAUUCUCAAUUGGCAAGAGAAAAGAAGUCCAAGUCACUAGAAAUGCAUCAGGCUGCCACGAAAAUUCAGUCUGGGUUUCGGGGAAUGCAAACUAGGCAAUUGUUGUCGCAAAGUGAGAGGAGCAUUGUCAAACCAGCCAAAUUACAUUCUACGACUGUUUCAAGUUCGUCAUCUUCUAAUUCAAGUGAUUCAUCUUCAUCCACAAACUCACCGGGAGAACAAAGGUCAAUUAGAAGCACUCCAACUGAAGGUGACUUCGAUGUGCAGUCAAAUGACGUUAGAACAUCAGAAAUUUCUUCACGAUCCUCGUCAAGAUCAGAAUCGUCUUCAAACUCGUCGGAAGAGAACGAGUUGCAGAUGCAACGCGAAGCGGCUACAAUAAAAAUCCAGUCCGGUUACAGAGGGAUGAAAGCACGUCAAAGAGUGCAGCAAAUUAAGAAAGAAAAUGAUUCCAUUGCUAGGCAUCUCAUCGGAGCAAUUGGAACGUCCUCUGCCUCCUCUGUAUCUGAAGAUAUGUUUUCUAAAAUCAGGUCCUCCCCUGAAAAAUCCGUGCCUCCAAGAGAUCUGGAUCUUGAAAGUGUAGAAAGAGAACAAGCAACAGUUAAAAUUCAAGCUGGAUAUCGGGGCAUGCAGUCUAGAAAAGAAUUGAGCUUGAGAAAAGAAAAAGGAGGUGUUGUUUCAAGCUCAUCAGAUGAAGAGAGCAAUGACGAAUCUUCCGAUUCAAGUUCCUCUUCAAUAAGUAAGUUGGCAUCUGCUGAAGAAACUGUCAAAGAUGUUAGGCCUAAUGUCACCACUCCAAGCGCCCCAAAUCUAUCUUCCUCUGGUUCGUCAACUUGUGUAUCCUCUUCAUCCAUUUCCUCUACCUCGUCGAAUUCUUCAGCAAUGUCCUCAAUCGAUGAUGAAUUACAGAUGCAAAGGGAAACUGCUACCAUUAAGAUACAAUCUGGUUUUAGGGGCAUGAAAGCGAGACAAAAAGUCAAGCAAAUCAGGAAAGAAAAUGAUUCCAUUGCUCGAAGAAUUCUGGAGACACCGGAUUGUGAUGAAUCCUCUAAAGGUUCAACUCAUGUCAACGUCGAGGAUCCCGAAAUUGAGCUUGACAUAUAUUCAAUGCGAGUGCCCAAGGGCGACGAUAGUCCACUAAACAUUGAUGUUGAACACGCUGCCACCACUAUACAAGCUGGAUAUAGAGGUAUGCAAGCGCGCAGAAGAGUUCAGGAAAUGCGACUUCCUCCAAACUAUGAUUCCGAAAUCCAAGACCUAGAAAUUGAAAAGGCUGCUGUCUCUAUACAAGCAGGCUAUAGAGGUAUGCAUGCUCGCAAGAACGUUGCAGAAAUUAAGGGCCAACUGGUAAGCCAUAGUCCUUUCCCCCACUCGCAGGCAGAAAUGGAUGAAGCUGCCACUAAAAUUCAAGCUGGGUUCCGCGGCAUGCAAGUAAGGAACAGUUACAAGUCGAAGGGAAUACCCGUUGAAGCAUUUGACUUUGACUUGAAUGAUCCUGAAAUUCAAAGAGCUGCCACAUCCAUCCAAUCUGGUUACAGAGGCAUGCAAGUUAGGAAGAGUACGCGAUCAAAAAAAUCCAAUGACUCCCAAGACGCCACUAACCAGGGUCAUAUAAAUACAUCUGGUUCAAUUCAUUCAUUGAACGUGUCUGCUACCUCUGACACUUCAUCUUCAAGUGACUCAGAUUCAUCAAGUUCAGAUUCGGAAUCUGAUUCAGGAGUCAGUAACCCCAAAGUCGACCAUUCUAAACCUGUUUCGUCUGACUCAGCUAAGGCCACACCCUCAGUGGCCAAUAUUGAUAGUGCUAAUGACUAUACGGACGACAGUGAAAGUGAUUCUGAUUCUAGUGGCACUGAAUCUGAUAGUGGGACAUCAGUGGAAAGUCCAGAUAAAUCUAAAACAGUGUCACUUACCAAUACCAAUGAUACCAAUGAUUCUAGUGAGAUAAAAAAUGUUCUCCUCGAAAAGCUCCAGGAUAAUGAUAGUGGGACAAGUGUGAGCUCACAGAACUCGCCCAUUAACGGUCCAAAGAAAGCCGAAGAAAUUCCCGCUUUAAAUGGAGUCAUUAAAGUUGCCCCAAUUGUGAGUAUAGUGGAAGACAAAGCAUCUAUGAAGUCUCCAGAACUGUCAGACCCGCACAAAGAAAUUCCCUCUAAUCACAGCCUUCAAGUACUUCAUGUUCAGCCAAAGUCAGAUUCAGACUCUGAUUCUGAGACCUCAACCCCGUCUUCGGAGGAAAGCAAUUCGAUUGGCCUUAAUCCAAAGAAGACUCCAUUUUCAUUUCUUAAACAGAUUUUAGGCGUCAUGAUCUUGACCCCCAGAGUCAAAAAUAAUAAAGUGUCAAACUCAUCUCGAUCACUAUCCAAAUCGUCGUCCUCCCAAUCGAGUACCACAAGUGGAGAAGGCUCUUCAAGUAAUACUAGCAAGAGCUCUAAAUCUUCGUCAGGGUCAAAAAAGAGCAACCAAAAAGAAGUUAGCGCCCAAAAUUUGAAACAGAAACCUACUAGUGGAACCAGCUCUUCUUCCGAGUCCAUGACGAGUUCCAAAGCUCUGAAGAGAGUCAAAAGGUCCUCCGUGUCUCCUGAAGCGAUCACUUCGGACUCAAAUUCAACUGAAGCUAGCUCCUCCUCUUCAUCUGCAACGAUGUCAUCGACAAGUUAAUUUUCAACCAAAAUGUUCACACACGUAUAUUGUCCUUUUUGUACGUAAUCUUUUGCGAAUGAGUCAGAUUUUUCUAUGAA